CAGCAGCAAUGGCGGCCAUCUCUUGCAGCCGUCCUAUUCGCUCCGAUACCUCCUACUCUUCCUUCUCCUUCUCCUGCCAGAUUCCUCGUCGACCUGCAUCUCUUCCGUCGAUAUUUUACGGCGCGCCUAGAUCUGUUCCGGUCGGAUCCCCGUCCCUCCGCCGCCGGAUUUCCUGCCAGAACUCCGCUUCUGCGCCUUCCGUUCCUUCUCCCGUCAAUGGUAAAGUGAAAGGAGACCUGAAGGAUUUCUUGCAUAUCAGUGAUUUCGACAAGGCGACAAUCUUAAAGAUCCUUCACCGUGCAGCUGAGGUCAAGGCAUUGCUAAAGUCAGGAGAUAGGACAUUCCUCCCAUUUAAAGGAAAGACAAUGGCAAUGAUCUUUGCCAAGCCAUCCAUGAGAACUCGAGUCUCAUUUGAGACAGGGUUCUACUUGCUUGGUGGCCAUGCCAUAUAUUUGGGACCAGAUGAUAUACAGAUGGGCAAACGGGAGGAAACCCGUGAUAUAGCUCGAGUGCUCUCUGGUUACAAUGACAUCAUCAUGGCACGUGUAUUCGCUCAUCAGGAUAUCCUUGAUUUGGCAAAAUACGCCACCGUUCCAGUCAUUAACGGCCUGACUGACUACAACCACCCUUGCCAAAUCAUGGCCGAUGCACUUACCAUAAUUGAACAUGUUGGUCGGUUGGAAGGAACCAAGGUUGUCUAUGUUGGAGAUGGGAACAACAUUGUGCAUUCAUGGCUUCUGUUGGCGUCUGUGGUUCCUUUCCAUUUCAUUUGUGCCUGCCCAAAAGGCUUCGAACCAGAUGAGAAGACUGUUGAGAAGGCACGGAGUGCUGGAAUCAGCAAGAUCGAGAUAACGAAUGAUCCCAAGGAAGCUGUUAGAGGAGCAGACGUUGUGUAUUCGGACGUAUGGGCAAGCAUGGGUCAAAAGGAGGAGGCAUCGUAUCGCCAUGAACGAUUCCAAGGAUUUCAGGUGGAUGAAGCCCUUAUGGAGCUAGCAGGUUCAAAGGCUUACUUCAUGCACUGCCUUCCAGCUGAAAGGGGUGUGGAAGUGACGGAUGCAGUGAUAGAGGCUCCAAACUCAAUCGUCUUUCCACAGGCCGAGAACCGCAUGCAUGCCCAGAAUGCGAUAAUGCUACAUCUUCUUGGACUGUGACUUCUCUGAGAGGACCGUAGUAUAUCAUCAGGUAUUUUGCAUGCAGCUUUGGUAAGGAUGCAUGCAGCUUAGUCAAACCUUACCAUUGUUGGCAUGUGCAUGGCUGAGAAGAAAUGCAACAACAGUCUACAUAGAAUGGAGACGAGACCAAAGAUUCAAUGGUUAGGAUCUUCCUAUUUGGCAUGGUUGCGUGAGCUGAAAAAGAAAAAGAAAAAAAUAAAAGUGCUUCAUUAAAUUCAAAAGCAAGACGUGCUUGUAAGCUUGCCUCAGAAAAUCUUCAAGAUCAGAAGUUCGCAAGUUAUCUAUCAAUGGCCCUGAAAGGGAAUGCCUCAUAGGUGUGACUAGAUGUAGAUGAUUUUUUCAUGCAUCUAGUUGUACAUGUGUACCUACAGUGGUGUACAACAUUCAACCUGUCCAUCAGGGUUGCCCUGUUAUGCGAAUGAGAUGCCCUAAAAUCAGGCUGAUUGAAUUAUUAGGUGGGCCAUGCCAUAGGAAACAGUGUCCGAGUUCACAUGAAUCCCCAAUUCAAGCUCUGGGGUUUGUAGUA